ACAUCCCUACAUAGACAUCGCUAAUAUAGUUUAAAAAAUUGUUUUGUUUUGGUGAAAGGCAUGUGAAUGGGAUGUAAUUAAUUUAAUUUCUGCACUGAAAGCUCGUUUGAUCUUAAAAAAAUGUCUUUCGCCAUAAGAAGAACUACUGAAUUAAUUGGUGCUACAAAAUGGUUUCUAAGACGAGAGUGCCGAGUCUUAUCUACUCUACCUGAAAAAACGGAAGAACCUGAGAAAGUAGUGGCCCGAAAAAGAUCUACCGGACGACGUUUAUUCAAAAAUGAAGCAAUUCUCGAAUCCAGGCAUAUAUAUCCGGAAUUUUUACCGGACCCCAAUCCCAAGUGGAGGAACAGUCUACGAGAAAAACUAGAAAGAGCUGAUAUGCUUCAAAGGAGAAGUCAAAUUGAUAUACCUGAAUUUUAUGUUGGAUCAAUUUUAGCUGUUACCAUAUCAGAUCCACAUGCUCAGAGCAAAACGAAUAGAUUUGUUGGUAUCUGUAUUGAACGCAAGGGAUGUGGUUUGAGAGCAGAGUUCACCCUUCGUAACGUUGUGGACCACCAAGGAGUAGAGGUGAGGUAUGACCUCUAUGAUCCUACAAUCCAGAACAUCCAAGUUCUAAGACUUGAAAAGCGUCUAGAUGAGAAACUGUUUUAUUUGAGAGAUGCUUUACCAGAAUAUAGUACAUUUCCCUUUGAUAUGGACCCGGAAAUACUACCAGAAGGAACUCCUGUUCCAAUUAAUCCAGUACAGGUUAAGUUGAAACCAAGGCCCUGGUUAGAACGCUGGGAACGACAAGACUUGAAAGGUGUAUCAAAUAUUGAGGAACAUUUGAAAGAAAAGGAUAGAGUUCGUAGAGAACUAAGGAAGACUCCAUGGGAAAAAUAUGAUUUAAUGAAACAAUAUAGGAAAACCAUACCAAUUGAAGACCAAAAUGAUAUUUGGGAUGAAGUACAUAACCAACUGCAGCAGUUACAGAUGGCCAAAAAGAAAACAGUGAGAAAGCGCACAUUUGUUACACCUAAAACGCAACUUGCUUAAUUGUUAAUUUCUUACUGUCGUAUCAUUUUAGAAGAAAUUAAAACAUAUAUGAAUUAUUAUAUUUGAUCAAUUUUGCAUUCACAAUGCUAUACAUAAAAAUA